AUGUGUCGCAUUCCAGAGGUCCACAAGGAUAGCCUCCCGUCCCUGCUGUCCCUGCUGUCGGCCCAGCGCGCGCAGGGCUCGCUGGCUCUGCCCGCGCUGCCCGCCCUGUUGCACCACGCGCACGCGCACGCGCUCUUCAACAAAGAGGAGCCGGAGUCCGAGGCCGAGGCGGACGACACCGACGACAUCGUGCUGCCCGACGAGGCGGACGCGGCGUUCGCGGGGCCCGGGCCCGAGCACGACCAGAAGCCGCGCCGCGACGACGACGACGCCAGCCGCCAGUUCGAGUGCCGGCACUGCGGCAAGAGGUACCGCUGGAAGUCCACGCUGCGGAGGCACGAGAACGUGGAGUGCGGCGGCAAGCCGCCCGCGCACCAGUGUCCCUACUGCGCCUACCGCGCCAAGCAGCGCGGCAACCUGGGCGUGCACAUCCGCAAGCACCACAACACGGAGUGGUACAUCUACGCCACCAGCAAGGUGCGCCGCAACAAGAAGACCUCCGUGUGA